AUGGCUAUAUCUCGAUUCAUUAAUCGACUCUACUACCACCGAGAUCCCUACCUACCCCGUCUCCACGACAGCUCCAGCGACUACAUCACUCCUCUCCGACUAGCGCCACCACGGGAGGAGUCUACACGUGUUCAGCUCCAGAAGCAGAGAAUUUACGAAUACAAUUCCAAAGUGCUGGUCGAUCCCAGCGCGAUUCCUGGAUUCAAGACCUCGGCUGCAUUCUUUGGAUCUUUGCGAACAAAUUUACGACUGCACGCCUCUCCGCCGCCGAGUCCGAUUUCGACGCCAAAUUCUAUGCGCGGAUCUGCAACAUCCCUGCCGCCUCCAUCGCCUCUGUCGGGUCCCGUCGACUCAGUCAUGGACACCGACCACACCGAUGCGGUGACACCCGAAGACCCUCUGGCGGGCGUGCCAGAGCUCAGCUCGUAUCUGGCAACAGAUGACUUCGAGAGAAUGGAAGCGCUCAAGCUUGUAGCUGAUAGCAUCGCACAGCAGCGCAAUGCAGCCAACCGAGCGCUCAUAUUUCACCCGCUGAACAUGGCGGUGAUGAUUGGUGUAUUGGCGUUCGUAGGACGAUGGCUGACGGAAAAAGGCUACGAUUGGUGGAUGGUCGGCUCGACGGUUCUUGGUAUCCUGAUGGCUGGUCUGGCAGCAUGCCGAAUCUGGUCGCAAGAGUACAUCAUUCGGGCAGAAGAUAUCAAUUGGGCUUGGGCAGGCGAUGCGGACUUUUUGGUCACCAAGUUUGGAGACGAGGUCAUUGGAACCGUGUUGAUCGAAUGGGUUUCCGGCGAGAGCAGGACAAAGAAGAGAAAGGCGUGGCGCGGCCUGAUCAAGGCGUGGACGGUAAAACUGAAAUAUCGAGGGAAGGGUGUUGGGAGCGGGUUAUUGGAAGAUGCUGUCAAGGAGGCCAAGAAGAAGGGUGCCGAGUCUCUGGAAUUUGACGAUGAUCAUGCCAAUUCAAAGCGCGUGCUCCCCAGAAUGUAUAAUGGCGCUUUUGAUAGGCGUGAAGCGAAGGCGAGAGAACAGCUACAAGACCUGAUGGAUACCAGUCCGAGUCGGAAGAGGAAGUAACGGAACGAUUUCACGAAGAACAAGACGCACGUCUGUACAGCUUUUAGAGUUACCAAUAUACUUCUUUGCAAUGCGGUCUCGUGGGUCGAGACGAGCCUGGC